AGCGUUUUUUCCAGCUCUUCAGUCCAGAUAGUCCGAGUCCCACAGUCUGAGUCCGACUGGCAAAGGCCUCCUGUCGUCAGGCCGUCUUCUCCGCUCAGAUGGACGGAUGGUCAGGCUCGAGCCGCCUCGUCGUUUCAUAUCCGGCCAUACCUCCUCGCUCCCCGGCUUCGUCUCCGUCUCCGUCUUUGCCUUCAUCUCCUACUUCAACUCCUGCCUCCACUUCGUCUGGUGGGAUCGGUCGGACAGUUGAGUCGGUGA